CUGACGAGUACCAGCUGGUACCACGGGGCUCCUCAUCCUCCUCGGGACUUCAUUUGUUGCUGCUGCUGAAAUCAGGACAUGGAACUGAAAUCGAAGCGCAAACCUGUAGAUGUUGUCCUCGGAUGCUUCAUCGCAGUCUGCCUUUAUAACCUUUGUCUGGCUCAAAGACUUUGCACAGUGCCCCCUGGCCCCAUACCAGUGUCAGAAAACAACACGGCUGACGUCCAGGUGGCCAAAAUCAGCUCCAACAGUGAUGUGACUCUGACAGUGACGGUGAACCCUGAAGAUUUAUUCUACCUGAAAGGAAACGCCCUCAUGGUGAAGAAAGGCCUGGACUAUGAGUCAUUGCCCAGCGCGACUCUGAUGGUGUGGAUAAAGUGCAGCAGAGCUGGCUCUAGAUCUGUGAACGAGUCCGUCGAGGUUUUGGUUGAAAACGUGAACGAUAACCCCCCCAACUUUGCUCAGAACCACUACGUGCUGGAUGUGAAUGAGCUCAUUCCGGUCAACUCCAGUAUUGGUCUGAUAGAAGCCACAGAUGUUGAUUCACAGCCGCUGUAUUAUCGCUUGGAGACAACAACAGACAAGUAUUUCCGCUUGGAAAACGUCAAUACUCCAAAGAUUCUUGUGAAAACCAUCCUGGACUACGAUGUUGUACAAAAGAUCUCGCUGGUCUUACACGUGCAGGAUACGUUCAACGGUUCAGCUUCCAACAAGCCCUUCUUCACCUCUGUGGCCAUCAUCACAGUGCGUGUGAAGGAUGCGGACAACCGGCCCCCGUGGUUUCAGCCAUGCACGAGGACAAACGUAGGAACUGCUAAACUGUGUGUGAGCAGCGGCUACAGAGGCAAAGUCAACCUCACAGAGAAACAGGAAGGCCCGCUGGUGCUGGAACCUGGACCUGUGUUUGCCAAGGAUGGAGACAAGAACAGGAGCGAGCAGAUCAGCUACAGAAUAUUACGAGGAAAUGAAGGAAACAUAUUUCAGAUUGAUGAAGAAACGGGGAACAUCACAAUGACCAAAGCUGCUGAUAUUGUUGGUCCAAUAACUCUCACUAUCCUGGCAUCACAGGUGACCAACAGAGAUCAGUUUGCGGUGACACAGGUUACCAUUGAUGUGAUGAAGAAGAGCAGGAGUCCUCCUCGUUUUGAAAGGGAGCGAUAUGAAGGAUUUAUCUACAGCAACUCUGUGCCUGAGACCAUGAUCCUCCGAGACCGAAACACCAACCGACCCUUCAGGGUCCGAGCACGGGACGAAGACUUCGCCAGUGGUGUGAAUCCAGAUGUCAAAUACGAGGUUCAGUACAGCAGCUACGUCAAUGUGACCUCUGAUGGUUUCGUGAUACUGAAAAGAGUUGUGAAGACAGAGUCCUUCGCUCUUCAGCUCCGAGCACUGGAUGUGACAACAGGGGAGUUUGGAACCGCAGCCCUCUCAGUUCAGGUCAUACCUGAUUUAGCCAGCCCAUCUCCCUCAAACAUCGGCUAUCGUCCAGGUGACAUGGCGCUUCUGGGCUUGAUCAUGGCAGCUCUGCUGAUCCUUUGCCUGAUUGUUAUUGGCUUCUUAGUUUCCCGCUUGUGGAAGGGAAAUACGGGUGUGGACAAACUAUGUGAGUGCCUGAGCCCAUGUUUGCAGUCCGGCCAGCCCCGAAGUGGCCACAGAGACUCCCUGCAGUACACCAAUGAUGGCUUCCAGAAUGAGGGGGACCUGAGCCGUCGGGGAGCCAGACGCUGGAACAACGUUCUCCCCAGAAGGAGCACCUUCCCCCAGGCCCGGGGCCGCGUCAUACCCCUAGAGAGGCGGAGCCACCACUGUUCUUCAUGUGGCAUCUAUACUAACCACAUCCCUAAGGGGAGUCCCUCAGUGAGACCCUCCAGGAGGGGCAGAGAAGAUGAGGAUGAAUAUGGUGCAAGGUCAAUCCUGACCAAGCAGCGGAGGAAGGAGGGCCAGAAGACUGUGUGGUUCAAGGAGAGUGAAGAUUCGUCAGACAUUGAGGUGGAGAUCAUCCCAGACACUGUGGGCCGGGUGGAGGAGGAGACAGAGGAGGAGCUGGAGGGGGAGGUAGAGAUGGAAAGUGUUGUCAGAGACCCGGCAGCCCCUUUAAGAGAGGCUGAUGAUGGGCAGGAGACCAAUGAGGAACAGCACCCAGAGAACGCUAGUUCAGAAAAACAGGAGGGAAGCCAGGAGCGGGAGCACUGACGGCAGAGGUCAGAGGUCAAACUGGAGUCUGAAAGGACUGAGCAGAAUGCUGUUUGCUUUCCUGGAUGCCUACAGUCAAGGUCUCAGCAGUGGACAAUGGCACGUCUAACAUCUGUGGACUACUGCCCAACCUCAAAGAACUGACUCAAGCAUCCAGAAGUAUUUGUCUUCUACUGUGAGUAUACUACACUACAGUUCCAGCGGAAUUAACUGGAUACCAAACAUACACUUGGAACCAGUGUGGGCCAAGUAUUAAAGAUGAGAUAAGGUCUUCCAAUAACACUAACACAUUUUUGGUUUAUAAUUGUGCCCAUUAGACUAUUACAGUCCCCAUUACAGGAAUUGUAGAGAUCACAGUGCCAGCAUGACCUUAAGUCCAGUGGGGCAAAAAACACGAGCAGUCAGUGUUUCACUAGGCGAGGUUGAGAUCCGAUGCUUUACAGUCUGUGCGGUGUGUAACAGUUUGCAUAUAAAUGUAGCAACACAGCACCGAACAGGUGAUCAAAGAGCAAGGUUUUCCCCUUCUAAAUGUUGGAAAGGUUUUUAAGGAAACCUUUCCAACGUUUACCUGAGAAAUUAAUUUCUUUUUUAAAGACAUCAUCGUUAAAAAAACAUCAGACCCUCUUUGGACUCAUAGAAACCUCCUAUAUGGACCCGCCAGUCUAAAUAAUCUGUUCUGACUCUUUGAGUUUCUUGCCCCACUGAACUUUUCUGAGGGAACACCACCACGGGCCAAAAACUUCAGUUUUCAAACUGUUAACUAAGCUUAUCACAAAAAAGACACAUUUUUGUUUUCGAAUUUAUUUGUUGUAAAGUAAAUCUUAUACCUUUAGAAAGCCUGUUUAUUUCCUAACAAAUGGUGCCAUAUUUGGUAGGAAACUGCUUCUGUGAGUUGUGCAGCAGAUUUGAGUUUAUUGGGUGCACUCAAGAAAAACUUGCCAAAUCCGCUCUCCCAAUGCCAAACAGCCUUUUCUAUUAUUGACUCUUGUUUUGAGCUUCUGCUGCCCCAGGUGCUCAGUUGGUGGUGAUCUGCAGCACCAUGGACCCGGCUCCCAGGGUCAGUUAGUGUCACUUAAGCCACACUUGACUGAUCUGAAUAGGACCCAUGCCAUAGGGCAACUUCAAUCUGGUGUUCCGCAAAACCAAGCUGCAGCAUUAUUUUGAGUUAGCCCAAGUACAAUCUCCAAAUUGAAGGCCAAGUUCUAUAUAACAGGGGAUGUCAAAGAAAAGCUGCGAUGUGUGCGUUCCAAGAAGACGACACCGCAAGAAAACUGUUUCCUCGCCCUGUCAGCACUUAGGAAGUGGUCUUCUACAGAAAUACAGAAAUGCAUCUCCUGCUGCAUAGGGCUUUAAUAUCUGCUCUUCACCAUCAGACCUAUUUGAGUUGAUUUUGGCAACAUGUGCACUGGAACCUGAAGAUGUAGAGUUAUAUUCAGCAGUGAGUCCAGAUUCUUCCUAUAACACUUCGAAGUCGAAGUGUGCAUGGAGAAUGCUAUGCUGACUGCUUUUGGUGGAGGCGUUGUUAUGUUGUGGGGCGGUAUUAUCCUCACUGGAAAAAUGUCAUCAUUGGAUGCAGAGAGAUAUCGAGAUGAGAUCCUGAAACAGCUGGCAUUGCCUUAUCUCCACAGCCAAGUAGCUAACUCUAUCCUCCGAGAUCACAGAGAGACUGCCUCCAGAAUUUGAGUGGAUUUGUUGAGGAUGGCCUGCCUGCAGUCCUGACUUCAACCCCACUGAACACUUGUGAGAUCAACUUGUUUUUCAUGCUGAAAAACAAGUUGAUCUCACAACCACAUUGGCUGACUUGCAACAAAUGUAAUUUGAAGAAUGGGAUCUCAUCCCACAGCAGUGGGUGACCAAGCUAAUGACCAGCAUGAGAAGGAAGUGACCGGCUGUUGUGGUUGUGUAUGGUGCUUCCACAUGUUACUGAGGCCCCUGCUUCUUAAAUUGCAAAUAUGUAUUGUCUCUUCACACUUCAGUCAUCCAAUUCAAUACACAACAUCAAACAUCAGUCAACAGCAGAAUAAUUUGUUUGGCAUUGGAAGAGAAGAUUUAGCAAGUUUUUCAUGGGCACAACCCACAUACUGAACUCUGCUGCUCAACCCACAAAUGCACUUUCUGUACAAAUGUGGCAACAAAUAAACAGGCUUUCAGGUGGUAUAAGAUUCACUUCAGGUUAUAAUGUCAUUAGCAUUAGAAAUCAUGGUACAAACUACAAAAGCAAAUCACAAAGUAUUACUAAUAAACCAGUUUCAUUAUCGUAAAGUGACUGGCUCCACUUUCUAAUAGGCACCAUUUAUAAAGAGGUAUAACUGGUAGUCAACAAAUCCUUUUAUGUCAUUGGUAAUUCAUUCUGUCUUCAUUGACUGAAUUCAUACUGAAUCCAUCAGCAACUAUAAGUUUGAAUGUAUAAUCAUUAUCAUAAAACAGACCAUUCAUUUUGCAGCUAUAGAAGCUUUGAUGGCAUUAGAGCUAUAAAAUGCAUUCAUUCUAGUUUUGGGCUACGUCCAGUUAAUGCUCGACUGCGGCUCUUUGACAUGUUACCUUGCAAUAUAAACGUGACGCAGCAUGGGCAGACAGCCAGAAAAACCUCCCCCACUGGUGAUGCUAGCAGCUUUUCUGUCUUUGGGCUGUAACGGGGUGUGGAUUGUGUUCGAUUCACAGCUUCUUGUAGCCUACAAAUGAAUACUAUUUGCAUCAUUACUAAACCAAAAGAAUUUAAAGAACAGAUGCAGUUUGAAGUUUUCAUAGAAAACAAAGACUUAUACAAAUAUGAAAUCUGUUGCACGUUAAUCUACAAGUUUUACAAUCUCUGGAAAUACAAGAAAACAAACAAUUGGAAAUUUUAGAUUUCAUCCUGGUUUCUCCAUGGUGCGUCAUAAAUACUACAACAUCAUAUACAACCAAAGUUCUAAGAAAGUUUGGACACCAUUUAAAAUGUAAAUGAACCCGUAUUUUAUUCACAAUAGAAUGCAGGAAACAUAGCAGCUAUUUAAGCUAAGAAACAUAAACAUUAAGCUAGGCUAAUGUUUAUGUUUUUUAUAUCUUUAUGCUUAAAGUGAGAAAUAAACUUCCUGUGCACGUGUUUGUCUUUCACCUAUGUGCUUUUUUUGUCCAUGUUAAAAAUGUUGUGAUGGUUAGCAGAAGGUAGGCUCAUGAUAUCGCCUCGCAACAGGAGCACCAAACAUUAGCUACGCCACAGGAGCAGAUAGGAGUGGUGCUAAGGGCUAUGUAGCCUAGCUUUGCUAACUAGCAGUACCUGCUACUUCUUCCUGCCUGACGUUAGUAAAAUGUGAUUCUACUUAAACAGUGGAGACCCUAAAGAGUAUCUUUUUAUCCAGUAAAGUGCCUUCACACUAUGUGCCUACUGCAGUCUGCUUUUGUGUGCUGAUAAGUGGUGCCUUAUUAGAAAGUGGUAAUGUGAGGUUAUUCUUUUUUUUUUGGGGGGGGUGCAUUAAUGGGUUGGGGGUUAGUUAUCAGUAUUCACUUGAUUAUCAUGGUCGUGUCCAAAUUCAUGGGCUGCCUCCUCCUGAGGCCGCAUUUGUAGACCGAUUACGUCACAGCGACGCGCCGAAGGCUGUCCAAAUUCAUAGGCUGCUCCGAAUGCAGCCGACAAAUGGGUCCUCAUUUUCUCCGAAUUUGAGGAUGGGUCUGAUGUAUCCUUCUUUGCCCACCAUAUCCCAGAAUUCAUAGCGUGGCCCAGCCAAACUCUAGUUUCCGGUAAUGGCGGCUGGUACUACGUUUUAAAAUUACUCUUAUUAAUUUUUCUGGGUCACAAAAUAAACUUUUAACAUAUUUUCAGGCGAGAAAGUAGCUGUGUAAACAUCAAAUAUCUGCUCGGUUUAUCAAGAUAUCGCAUAUUUGGAAAAGUGCUUCGACGUUUUCGGAGACGCCUGCUACCCACCAGCUCGAUAGCGAGCCGGGAGCUCGAGGGUCACUGAAGCCGCCGAGAACGGCACAACUCCCGGCACAUCAUUUUCAGAUCACCGCGGACUUUCGCUACUCGGGUUAAACGUAGUAUAUAAGUAUAAUCAUGAAAUAUAACCUGAGACAACCUAAAAAUGCUAUUGUUGGGCUUUUACAGUGUUUUGUUUCUUCGUGAGUAAAUCGGUUUGGCUGAGAUUAAAGUUAUUAGAUUAGAUUAGAUAAAAUAAAACUUUAUUAAUCCCCCGAGUGGGUUCCUCCUUGGUUUUCACACAGCUGACUAAACGUCAAACAGAAAACUGAUUAAACAGAAGUGUGAGACGGUCGAGAAUUUACUCCAGUGUCCUGUUAUAUUUUAUAUAGCAAGGAGCAGACGGCCGAGUUUAUUAAACUCCACCGAGACAGCGGUGACGUUAAUCAGAAGGCUAGACCGUCCAAUUUCACUGCCGUUUACUUCCGGCCUACCCGACCGUCUGAGGACCCGGCCCACUUAGAUUGCGAAGGCCCGGUCCUCAGGAGGAUGCAGCCCAUGAAUUUGGACACGACCCAUGUAUUUGUAUGGUUUCAACAUUGAAAUUUCAGGAACUCAACCCCGCAUUGCAACACAAAUUACCCAUGCUAAACACCAGACACCCCAAAGUGUCGCCUGGUCCUGCUUUUAGCAGCAGUGAGUAACUUCUUUGUGUAGAACUGUCAUCAUUUCCACACACAGUGUGUAUGAACUUUAUGAAACUAAAGCGGUUUUGUUGUGAUUCCAGGUUGAGAAAAUGAUUUGAUGGUAAAACUUUAUCUACUGAGUACUAAACAGCUGUAAAGAUUUUAUAUGUGUAUUUAUUACUGCUGUCAGUGUUAAUCUCGUUAAAAUGACGUUAACGCCAUAACCGCAUUAACGCGGCAAAUCUCCGUUAGCGAGUUAGCGCGGAUCACCCCAUGCGUGGGGCUGCAUGGCGCUGACACUUUAACGAGCUAACCGCGCUAACGCGUUGACGCCGUGCAGCCCCACGUGGCGUUAACGUCAUUUUAAGGAGAUUAACGCUGAAAGCACUAGUAUUUAUAUGUAUUUAUUGAGAAUGUUGGUUAAAAUAACUACUUUUAUGGGGAAAUCUAUGGUUUAUGUAUAGCUGAUAUUUUGUACAUUAUAGUGAUUGAUGUAAAGCACUUGAGGGAAUAAUAAAGUUUGAGUCUUGUU